AUGUCAACUAGCUCGCAUGGCCCACAACAGCUGAAGGACCACAUCGUGCAGUCCCGCAUCCACCGCGAACGCGACGAAUUCAUCGCAGCUAUCCGUGAAGAGGACAUCUGCCGCCUGGCGUCGUCGUAUCACAACGGCGAUCAUUGCAGUUUCUUUAAGUCUCCAUCUCGUGGGAGCUACAACAUCUGUUAUUUUGUGCGCUUUCCGUCAAUUAGCUCUGGUGAAGAUGUGGAGAAGUGGGUAGUACGUGUUCCUCUGGCUCCAUGCCUGGCCCAUGGGAGCAGGAGCAAGCUGGAGAGCGAGAUUGCUACGAUGCAGCUAGUAGCUGACAAGACGACAAUUCCAAUCCCAAAGAUUUAUGCGUACCGCCUUGGUGACGGUUCCGAGCCGCUAUCAUCGUUUGUUAUUCUCGAAUACAUCGAGGGAGAGAAGCUCUCAUACGCGCGGCUCAAGACCCUCUCGGACGAACAGCGGGAGCGCUUAUACACUUCACUUGCCGAUAUUCACAUUCAGCUAAGGAGGCUCGAGUUUUCUUCGAUCGGGUGCUUGACUAAUAGUCCAGAGGGAUUCAACGUCCGAAAGAAAGUCACCACUAUCGACAUCAAUAUGCAAGAGCUAGAAGGUCUGCAGCCUUCCAAGAUCCAAAGCUCCUUCUACAAUGACAAAGACUCUCUCACUUCGGCCAAUGACUACGUUGCGAUGCUACUUGAGAUUGCGGACAAUGCGUUCGCAGAGAGUCGAAACAGUGUCUUUGAAAGAGAUCAGGGCGAGGAUGCUCUAUAUCAUCUCCAUAUCUUCCGCGAGUAUGCUAAGGGCUGGAUGGAUCGCCGCCUUGAUCAAGGUCCGUUCGUUUUGGUCCAUGGUGAUUUCGAACCCUUCAACUUGAUAGUGAAUGAUGACAUGGAUAUUGUUUCGGUUUUAGAUUGGGAAUGGAGUCGCGUAGUACCUCUUCAAUUUUUCAAGCCUCCAUUGUGGCUCAAGAAUCCUGAUACCACCAAACUUGCAUGGGACUUCGUCUAUCAGGACUAUUUGAAGAGCUUCGACCAAUUCUUGAAAAUCGUACGGACCCGAGAGUGCGAGAAGUAUGGGAAUGAGCUAUUGUUUAGUGAAUGGGCAAAGGCAAAGGAGGAUAGUGGAUUUCUUGUCGCCAAUGCCUUGGAAAACUGGACCGACAUCGACUGGUUCGCGAACCGAUAUAUCAACUGGAAAUGUUACAAAAACAAGGGUAACCUGGAUGAACGUGUAAAGGCAUUCAUGAAGGAGAAUCCAGCUCACGAAACACUCAUUGAACGAAAACUGCGGGAUGGGAUUGUUUACAAGGCCGAAGCAGAUAGACUUAAGGACACGACUAUCAAGCCAAAUCCAAGUUACACAGAUUAG